UAUACAAUAUUUUAAUAUAUUAUUUUCCGUUUAUUACAUUAUAGAAUAGUAUAAUUUUUGAUUUUUCAACUUACUCGCCGACCCGCCAAAAAUAUUUACGACAGACGUAUAUUUAUAAACACGCCGAUCCAAACGCGCGGAAAAUCGUAUUUUUAAUCGCGUCGAAAAAAUGCAUGCUAGACACCGGUCGUUUUAUAUUUUAACCGCCACAGUUUUUCGUUGUACGGUAUUCGAUUUUUGUUAAAACAAUUUUUUUUCAAUCAUCACUAUAAUAAUAGUUAUUUAAACCUCCGAGGUUUUUGUUUUGUUUGUUUUGUUUUUUUUUAUUAUUAUUAUUUUUUUUACUCAAAAACACACAUUAUUCUUAACACAGUUUUUUGACGUCUAAUCGCAUUUCAAGAGAUCUCACUGGAACAACGCAUAUACUCGAUCCAAAAUCGUCUGUGUCCACGGAGCACUAAAUCGACGUACACGAAAAAGGGGCGGAUUUCGCGUACCCGACCAAGUGAUCGCGACGACCGUCACCAGAACCAGCAAAAACAGAAUAUCCAACGCCAGCAGCAGCAGCAGCAGCAGAAUCGUCAACCGCACAGGUACCGGGAAAACCGUGACCGCGGUCCGACCAGCGAGAGCGACACAGUCAUCGGCAGCGAAUCGGCUGCGAACCCGACGACUCGUCCACCGUUGACGACCCUAGGACGGUCGCGCGUCGACGACCUGCAUCGUCUUCACCGACACGACCAUCUGUACCGCGACUGUCGGCUACAUCAGCUUCAGCAGCACCACCACCGCUACCACACCGACGGCCACGAUGACGGCGUGCCGCGACGUUUCAGUUGUCGGUGGCCACUAGCAGGCACACUACUCGGCGGACGAGCGGUACACCGCACCGGUGUGUAAUUACGGUACAUCGAGCACCACACAUUUUCACAACCGCGGUCCAGUGUCAGCGGCCAGCAAAGUGGAGGGCAACUGCGGCGACCUGUUGAACAUGAGUUCGUACUUUGCCAACUCGUACAUGCCUUCCGACAUGCGGAACGGCGGAGGUGGAGGCAGCGGCGGAGGUCUCGUUGGAGGCGGCAGCGGCGGGGGUGGCGUACUCGGCGGCGUCGGCGGAAUCGGCGGCGGCGGCGGUGGCGGCGUGGUCAUGGACCACCAUCAUCACGGCCAACAGCACUACGUGGACAACGCGCCGUGCGACCCGACCGCCCGGCAGGGCAUACCGCCGCACCACUACGUCGGGCCCACAGUCGGAGGACAGCCGCCCCAGGGCAUGCCGUACCCGCGGUUCCCGCCCUACGAUCGGAUGGAAAUCCGGCAGGCGGCCGCCGCGGCCGGCUACUACAACAACCACCACCAGUCGUCCAUGGACGGCUACAGCAGGCCCGAAUCGCCCAUCGGCGGUGGCUUGGUCGGUGGCGGCGGCGGCGGAGGCAGUGGCAUGGGCCAGAUGACCAUGAACGGCCACACGCCCGUCGUGUACGCCACGUGCAAGCUCCAGGCCUCGGUGGCCAACGGUCUCGUCGAACCGGGCAGCCCCACCGACAUGGUCGACAUGACCAACCACCAUCAGCAGCAACAGAUGACGGCUGCCGGACAUCACCAUCACCAGCAGCAGCAGCAGCACCACCAUUCGGCGCAGCCACCGCAGUCGCAUCACCAGCAGCAGCAGCAGCAACAGCAAGCGUACUUCAGCAAUCUGAGUCCGCACCACCACCAGCAGCAACAGCAGCAGUCGGUCGUCCCGCCGGCGCCUGGACACCACAACCAGGUCGUAGUCAACCCGCACCAACAGACGCCGCCGCUGCAGACUCCCACCGCUCAGAAUCAACAAGCGGUCAACAACAACUCGCUGCCGAGUCCACUGUACCCGUGGAUGCGAAGCCAAUUCGGUCCAGAUUCAGAGCGGAAACGCGGCCGGCAGACGUAUACCAGGUACCAGACACUGGAGCUAGAGAAGGAGUUCCACUUCAACCGGUACCUGACCCGUAGGCGGCGGAUCGAGAUAGCGCACGCGCUGUGCCUGACCGAACGGCAGAUAAAGAUUUGGUUCCAGAACCGGCGGAUGAAGUGGAAAAAAGAGAACAAGACCAAGGGCGGCGACGGCCAGGGCGGCGACGGUAGUGAUAUCACGCCGCAGACUUCGCCGCAGUGAUAAGGCCCGCGACUUCGCUAGGCAUUAUUUAUUAUUAUUAUUAAUAUAAUUAUUAUUAUUACUAUUACUAUUACUAUUGUAAUUAUGAUUAUUACUGUUGUUGUACAUGUACUAGCGAGCGCGCGCGUAUGUGUGUGUGUGAAGUGAAAUGGUCCAUAAUUUCGAGUAUGAGUGGUGCGUGUUUGCAGAGUGUCGUCUUUUGAGCGCGCGCACCUCCGAUUGUACAUGUUUGUGUUAGCGUUUGAGUGUGAGUGGUGCGCGCGAGACGAGAUGUUACUAAUGCAGGAGGACGACAGUGAAUUGUGACAUUUUUCGCUUUUACUUAAAACAAUUUUCGAAAYGAUAAUAAUAAUUUUAUAAAAUUUGGUCGCUCUGUGUAGCAUAAUAUUGUUACUGCGAUUACAAGGCAAUUUAGAUAGUAAACAAUAAUAUUAUAUAUUUUUUUUAAUUAUCUUCUUAUUGCAUAUAUUAUAUUGAAAAUACAAAACAAAAGAACUCAAAAAAUUUCGUUCUGGGUAUAUAGCAUAAUAUUAUCCGCAUCAAACGUAUUUUAAAAUCAUUUUUUCAUUAUUCGAAAAGAGGAAAACGUUUUUUUUUUUUUAAAAUAAAUUUUCAUUUUAUACCAACGGCAAUACUAUGUAUAAUGUAUAAAUACGUGUAAAAUUUUCCCUCGCUGAGGAAACUUAUUCUAAGAUUGUGUCUAAGUCAUUAUGUCGUAAGUUUUUUUUAGUUCUCGUUUAAGUUUUACUUAGUUCUAAUCAAACAAAUAAUAACGAUAGCAAUGAUUACGUAUCUUUUUAAAUAUCCAAAGAAUAAUGACAUACCUUUAUAUGACGCGAGCUGGUCAACCGCUACGUAGUUUCGUUACUCGUGCCCAUUCACAUCAACAAACACACACAAAUACAUAAAAAUGUAUAGUAAAUUAUGUAUACUUUAUAAAUUGAUUAUAAUAAAAGUACACUAAGUAAUAUAUAUAUCAUUAGGUGUAUCGUAAUCAUUUAAAGAAUAUAUUUUUGUUACGAGCGAAUUGUCGCGUGGUCGAUGAUAGCGCUCGGGAUCUCAAAACCCGCUCAAAUAACACAUUCUCGAUAACAAUUAAAAUGAUAAUGUAUAUCUAAUACACUUAAUGUCUUAUCUUAACCCAUACGUGUUGUACACGAUAUACAUACAUCUAGAGAUUUUAUGCUUCAUAUAUUAUAAUAUUAAACUAUUUAUUUAUUUAUUAUAAUAUACAUAUUAUGUGUGUUCGUGUUUGUGCGUGGGUAUGCGUGUAUGUGACUGUGAUUAAGUCCGUUUAUAUUAUAUAUUUCGGUUUUAAAUUCCAGGACCAGUUGUUGUUUGUUUGUUUUAUUUUUUAUUCAACUUAUAGUGCCAUUAGGAAUUAGACUGGCACUGUGAUUUKCGUCCGAUAUGCACAGUGCGAUGGUGGUGGUGGGAUCUGAUUUUCUUGCAAUCACAGCGGUAUCCGAACAGAUAAUAAAAGAAUUGAUAAUAUUAAUAUAAUAAUAUUUCUCAUGGGUGUGCCGUCAAUCUUUUUUGACUGUCGAUGGACUCUUUCGAUAUAAUACGUCUCAAUAAGAUCACCUUUAUACCUAUAUGCGUAUAAUAUCAUAUAAUGCCAUAUACUAUACCUAUAUAUAUAUAUAUAUAUAUUAUAUAUAUGAGAUAUAGAUAGGUACUUUUUGUCUUCACCUCGACCUUCGCUCACAUAAAUACCGUGCAUAAUCGCCGCCACCGCCACAGUAAAUGUUUUUAAAUAAUUAAAUAUGCAUAUGUACUGAAUAACGUGGAAUGAGACACGGGGAAUCGUGCGCACACGAUCGGACGGAAUUGCAGUGAAAACAACAAUGAUAAUAAAAUUAAAUAUUUAUUAUAUUAUUGUAACAAUAUAAAAUGCUAAUGUACCAAAGGUGGUAUUUGCGUAUACUUUUGUUUUUGUUUUU